GAGUCUUAAAAAAAAAAGGGUUUCGUGUUUUUUUUUUCGCUGGUCUUGCUCGAUUUCAUUGCGAAAAUCUUCGGUGAUGUUGGUGUCUAGGGUUCUAUCCAGAGUUUCUCGCAGUGCAGGGUUACGCUCGUCUCUCUCCUCUGUCGCGACUCCGACGAAGAAUCAGAUUCCGAUUGUUUCAAGCCGAUUUCACUCCCUCGUUCACGGAACUCCCAACAAGCUUGUUGCAGUUCCAGUGUCGCUCCUAAAUCAUGCAACUUUAGAUUUGAAUGUUCUACAAAGGUUCAGCUUUUUCUCGUCUUCCUCAGCGGAAACGAAGGAAAAUGAGAGUAACACCGAGGUCCCAAAGACCGGUGAAGCUUCUGCUGAUGUGGAGGCGGGGAAAGUAGCAGAUUCAGAGAUUGAUUUUGAGGAUUUAUCAAAGGAUGAUUUGGUGAAGCUUGUGGGUGAGAAGGAAGAUCUUUUGAAGGUUCAGCAGGAAGACAUAAAGGAAAUGAAAGAUAAUUUUCUUCGCUCAUAUGCGGAGAUGCAGAAUCUUAUGGACAGGACUAAACGUAAUGCUGAGAGCGCCAAAAAGUUUGCUGUACAGAGCUUUGCAACAAGCCUUUUGGAUGUCGCAGAUAAUCUAGGAAGAGCUUCUUCAGUUGUCAAAGAGAGUUUUUCGAAGAUCGACACUUCAAAAGAUUCGGCUGGUGCUGCUCCACUGUUAAAAAACCUAUUAGAAGGAGUGGAGAUGACUGAGAAACAAUUAGCAGAGGUAUUUAAAAAAUCUGGUUUGGUGAAAGAAGAUCCUUUAAAUGAACCGUUUGAUCCACACAGACAUAACGCAGUGUUCCAAGUCCCAGAUGCUUCCAAGCCAGAAGGCACUGUUGCUCAUGUCCUAAAGUCUGGAUACUCAUUGUAUGAUCGAGUCAUAAGGCCAGCUGAGGUUGGUGUUACUUGUGCUGUGGAGAAUCAAGAGGGCGAGAAAGAGUCCGAAGCUUGAAAAACUUAAACAAGGAGAGUUGAGCUUUGUCUCAACAUCAUCACGAGUUCUUGUUCUUUUAGUUAGUAGUUCUCUUUUUUGCAUAUUCAUUGGAGGAACAUUCUUCUCAUAAGGUAGCAGGACUUUGCUGCACUUCCAGGGAAGCCCUGGUUCUGUUGUAACUUUACUACACACAAAAUUUCAUUGAGUUUAUAAAGCUGGAAUCAAAUCUGAUGGAGCCAA